UGAGUUCUUUAAAUUCAGGGUCGCAGGGUGUCCUAACACAGACAGGGAUCAGAAACAAGAUCAUAGAAUAUCCACAGAAACACGACUUUUGCUCUUCUAAGCCUCAGGCACUUACACUGUGAGGACCAUGUUCCUGGUGAUUCUUGCAAUUUGUUCCUGUGCUGUUACUGCAGCUCCAAGUUUUAGUUCGGGUGGAGAUCAUAGUUUUCCUCAUGAUAUUACAAGCCAAUCUGAACUGACACGGCUCUUCAACACCCCAGUGACAACAGCUGAAAGAGUAACGAGGCCUCUGAAAUAUUUUGGCUGGUUAGGAUUAAAACAUUCAGGAGUAAGAGUUACCACAGAUGAUGGACACCAAUGGCUAAUUCACAAAGGAGAUGGAUAUGGGAUCUCAUCUCAGACCGUUGUCACUGAUGCUGCUCACAUGUCAGAUCGGUGGACAGUGACGGAGGAGAGGCCAGUUGAGGGACGUACAGUCGGAGACUUUGUGGAAGCUGGUGGUCAAAACUAUGAUGUACUCACUGACAACUGCCACCAUGCUUCAAGCAGAAUGAUGGGUCAAUAGACAAUUCUGUUACUAUACUUCAUGGAUUGUAAUUUUAGAAAUGUAUUUAUGAUCCGAGUUAGAAGUCAGUCAGCCAAAUUAAUGUAAAUUUAGGUUUCUUGUCUGAUGUAAAACAAAAAAAUAGAAAGGUAUCCUUAAUCUGCUUGGACUUUAGGAUGCAAUCCUUUCAAUUUCCCCAUAAACUACAAGGAAUCCUCUGGAGAAAGCAUACAUAAAAAUCUUCAGAAUACAAUGCAACAAAAGGUACUGAAUAUAUGGCACAGUCUGACCAGAUUGCUGCAACAUACCUUUAGAGGAAUGCAACGUUAUGCAUUGCAAGAAUUGUAAAAUGGCUGAAAUUGUUCCUGUAAAAUGUAUUAAAAUUAUAUAUGAUUUCAAA